CGUUCUCUUAUCCUUCUCCUCCCCGUCGACAGAGCUCGGGCGAGGAAUUCUAAUCUCCGGCGAUGCCAAAUCCAACACCAUCCUCUACACCAACGGUCGCUCCGUCAUCAUUAGGUACCUCGACCAACCCUUCAAAGUCGAUGUCUACGGCGAGCACGGCUACCCUGUCACCGUCGCUCGCUACUCCCCCCACAAAGAUCUGGGGUGUCCGUAACAGCUUCGUCCUCCACAACGAGUUUUGCAUCCUCUCCGGCCGAAUCGACGAUCUGCAAUGAUCCCCUAAUCAACUGAGGAUCGUCAUCUCCGGCGACGACAAGGGAAAAUACUUCGUACGUGCUUUCGUGUGGGAUUCGAGUAGCACCGUGGGGGAAUUCGACGGAAAUUCGAAGCGAGUGUUGAGCUGUGCGUUCAAGCCGAUCGGUCGUUCCGGAUUGUUACUGCGGAGAGGAUUUCAUUGUGAAUUUCUGCGAAGGAUGAACAGAAGACGAUUUUGACAAGCAGCUACGAUGGCCACAUUAUCAAAUGGAUCCAGUGUAUUGGUUAUGCUGGUAAAUUGGAAAGGGGGUAAAUUCCCAGAUCAAGUGCUUGGCAGCUGCUAAAGAUCAGAUCAUGACAUCCGGAUUCGAUAACAAGAAUGCCAUACCUGGUGGACAUCGUGAACGACAGGAAAGCAGGACGAGUCCUCAAACUGGACUCCAUCGCCAACGGCAACGCCUGGCGCGGAAUGGACGUCCUCAUCUUCAACUCCUGGCACUGGUGGACUCACACCGGCAGAACUCAGCCAUGGGAUUACAUACAAGACGGCAACAAGCUGUACAAGGACAUGAACAGGCUAGUGGCGUACUACAAAGGGCUCACGACGUGGGCCAGAUGGGUGGAUCGCAACGUCGAUCCCCGGAGGACCAAAGUCUUCUUCCAGGACAUCUCCCCAACGCAUUACGACGGCAGGGAGUGGAACCAGCCGUCGCAGACGUGUUCAGGGCAGACCCAGCCCUUCUUUGGGGUAAGGUACACUGCAGGGAUGCCUCCCGCGUGGGCUGUCGUGAACAAGGUGUUCAGCAGGAUCAAGAUCAGGCCAGUGUACCUUAUGGACGUCACCGGUAUGUCGUUGUACAGGAAGGAUGCUCACCCUGGUUCCUAUAGCGGCCUCCACUCGGGCACCGAUUGUAGCCAUUGGUGCCUUCCUGGCCUCCCUGAUACCUGGAACCUACUCCUCUACUCAGCUUACAUCAGCUAGCUACGAACUCCGAUUCGGAAUUAGAGUCUUACACGACCAAAGGUG